GAAACGAAACCUUUGCGCCAAAUAAGGAAAAGGAAGUUAGAUUACUUGCAUUGCAAGUUGUGCAUUGGUGACCCAAAAACAGCCAUGGCGGGUUCUCUCGGCGGCUCCAUGAAGAUGAAAUUUGCAAUCGGAUCAAGCUCGGGAAGAUGGAGAAUUCUUCGCUGGCAUCUGAAUAGACCAAAUUUCGAUCGAACUAUUCAGAUUUUGAAGUUUCAGUAAUCGAUUUGUUUAUCGAGUAUAUCAAUCAUUCAAUUUAAUCUGUCGCUGUCUUGAAUUCGAAUUGAGAUAUAUUUAUAAAUUAUGAUCUCUGGGAACUGUCGAUGAGAAAGCCGAAAUGUCGAUUCAUACAGGAAUUUACCUCGGAAUCAGCAAUUAGCGACAGGAUAAGAAAGGGCAAGGGGAUGGAUAUUCUUCUUCGGAAUUUCAUCCCUCUUUUUUGUCCGAUAUCUUCCUUUCAUAAGAUUGGAAGAAAGAAAAAAAAGGCCAAAGUAGAAGAAACAUGGGAGGGAUGAACCAGAUUUGACUUUCAUAUGAUUUUGAUCCUACAAAAAUGUCUAGAGGCUUCUCUCCACCAAAUUACUAUGCCGACCGGAGAUCGGAAACAAGAGCAAUUUAUGUAGUUUUGACCUUGGUGCUUUUUUCUGUGGUUGCUGCAAUUGGUUGCUGCUUUUCUAAAAAAGUGAGACAAAAUUGUCUAACAGAGCUGGAAAAUGCACUUGUUCCUCCAUCUCCACCAAAGUUUGCUUCUGCACCAAAUUUGGCACAUCAACCAAUGCACAAUAAUGUAAUUCAAGUUUGGGAAAUUGAUGCACCAACAAUGGAAAAUUUCAUUCAAGAACUGGCAAAAGAAAAGCCAAUAAGGUUCACUGCUCAGCAACUAUAUAUUUUCACAAGCAAUUAUUCAACAAUACUUGGGGCUGGAGGAUUCAGUACAGUCUACAAAGGUGAGUUCCCAAAUGGGGUUAAGAUUGCUGUGAAGGUUCUAAAUAGAAACUCAGAUAAACAAGCUGAGCAGCAAUUUAUGGCUGAGGUAGGAACAAUUGGCAAAACUUAUCAUAGACAUUUGGUUAGGCUUUAUGGUUUUUGUUAUGAUAAAUAUAUGAGUGCAUUAGUAUUUGAGUAUAUGGAAAAUGGAUCUUUGGAUAAAUAUUUGUUUGGCAAAAAUCAAGAUGUUGAUUGGGGGAAAUUACAUGAUGUAGCCAUUGGGACCGCUAAAGGUCUUGCUUACUUGCAUGAGGAAUGCCAACAGAGAAUCAUUCAUUAUGAUAUAAAGCCAGCUAACAUUUUGUUGGAUGCAAAUUUCUCUCCCAAAGUUGGUGAUUUUGGACUUGCCAAGCUUUGCAACAGGGAUAGAACACAUAUAUCUCUCACUGGCUAUCGAGGCACCCCCGGAUACUCGGCUCCGGAGUUUUUUCUGAACAAUUAUCCCAUAACGCACAAGUGUGAUGUAUAUAGCUUUGGAAUGCUAUUGUUCGAAAUUGUUGGUAGAAAAAAGAAUGCCACCAUUACUCCUUCCGGGAACCUUGAUUGGUUUCCUCGACACGUGUGGGAUAAGUACAAAAAGCGCGAGGUAGAAGAAAUUAGUCAGGUAUGUGGUAUUGAAGAGAAAGAAAAAGAGAGUGUGAGUAGAAUGUGCAAGGUGGCUUUGUGGUGCAUUCAAGACUCCCCCGACGAACGGCCGCCAAUGAGUGCAGUGGUGAAGAUGCUAGAGGGAGGAGUAGAAAUAAUGGCGCCACCAAAUCCAUUUAAAUUUUCAAAUCCAACGCCGUUAGGGAACAUCGAACCGAAUUUGUUACAAAGUAGUAGUAGUUCGAAUUAUUCGACAUCGAGUGAAGAAAUACAUUCUUCUUGGUACAAGAAAGCUACUCCAAUUAUGAAGAAGUAUGAAAUACAGAUAGGUAGUUCAUAAUUUAGAAGUGAGUUAGAAGUUGAAAGAUUUGUGUUGAGGGUUUUAAUUUAUAAUCUUUGUAUCCCCUUUCCUUUUUAUCCUUUGAAAUAGGAAGUUAUCAAUGGAUUGAUUUAUAGAGACAUUUUGAUAAUUCACUUAUAAUCUAAUUGUUGGAUUUAUUUUA